CAAGUUCUACAAAUAAGGUGUUUUAUGAGUACAAAUCUAUUAUUUUGGAAUUGAUCAUCGGAAGUGUGGUUUUGUGACCGCUGGCUACCUUGAGGAGGGUAAAAAGUAGCGAGGAGGGCGUUCGGCUCCAAACAGGAAGAAAACUGGCAAAACACACCGAAGCCGCGGACGACUCGCUUCGUUAAACCGACAACAAACAACCGGGAUUAUUUUACGGUUGCCUUUCCAUCCGCGUCGGAGGUCUAUGGACGGUUUCCGGUGAACUCUUAAACCCGCAAUGAGCAGCGCUGUACGGGGACCGAAGUGUGGCGGGGGUGGGGGCUGUCAGAGCAGCAGGCUAGGCUAAACCGAACCGACGUGACGGUAGCUGGUUCUUAACCUGACAGGAUGAGACGAGAACGCGUUAGCAUGCUAGUGUUACCAUUCAAGGUAGCUAAUUAGCUACUUAAGCUAAUUAGCUACUUAAGCUAAUUAGCUGCGAGCGCUGCUGAAACAAACUCCCCUCCGGUUGGUGUGCUGAACUUUUAAGUGUGUCCAUUAGCUUUGGCUUUAGCAUGGAGGCUCCGCAGCCUGGCAACGGCGGCAGCGGCAGCCCGGAGCGGUUACAUAAGAACGGCGGGGCGCGGGAGAAGCUGCGGAACGUCACCUCAUUGGACCGGCUCUGACGGCUGACCGCCCCCCCAACACACACACACGCACACACACACAGGUAACGCAACAACAAGCAGCAUGGAGAAUGUUCGCUAGAACACAACACGGGGCGUAAGAUGGGAGUCAAACCCGCUGAUUAACGCCAUGGACCCCUCCAUAACGCUGUGGCAGUUCUUGCUCCACCUACUGGAGGACCAGCAACAGCAUCACCUGAUCUCCUGGACGGGAAAGGACGGAGAGUUCAAGCUGCUGGACGCUGAGGAGGUGGCUCGCCUCUGGGGCCUCCGCAAGAACAAGCACAACAUGAACUAUGACAAGCUGAGCCGGGCCCUCCGGUACUACUACGACAAGAACAUCAUAAAGAAGGUGAGCGGUCAGAAGUUUGUUUAUAAGUUUGUGAGUCAGCCCGAUCCCGCAAUGCAUGAUGGGAUACGUAACGUAGACCAGAGCCAGAGGACGGACACCGCCGACCCCGUCAGCCUAUCAAAAUGCCCGGGGGGCGUGGCCUCACCCUAUGCAUCAAAGAGCUUAUCCCAGCGUUCGUCACCCGGCUCCCAGAAGAGCUCCCGUAACGACUACAUGAAGUCCGGUCUCUACUCCACCUUCACCAUCCAAUCGCUGCAAGCCUCUCCCGACCUGCGGCCAAUCAAAACAGAGUUGCCACCGCUGCUGCAGCAGGACUCCGCCUCCAAGGCCAGAGUGGUGUGUGUACAGGCAGAGUCCACGUCGCCCCCAUCAGGAGGAGGAGGAGUUGAGUCCUCCCUCCAGGUGAUUGUGACUCACCCGUCUCCCUGUGAGAGCCCAGCUCUAAGCCCACAGAUACCAGCCAGCACCACCAGCCAAUCAGAGAAUCCUCUUGGUCCUCCAGUGGGCGAGCCUCCUCAGAUUUACCUCACCAGAGUCGGAGAUCCGUCGUCCCUCAUCCCCCUGGGGGCUGCUGGGGGGGUGGUGAGUCCUUUGCCUCCCCCACACGUAUUGAUGGGUCCCCAGCAGGACGACUUUGGGGGGGCCACCAAUCACCAGCCCGUCUAUGUCAUCAUCAACCCUCCUCUGAACCAGCACCAGUGUGCUCCUCCCCUGGUCCGCCCUCCCCCCGCCCCCAUCGCCAUUAAGGAGGAAAACCUGUUGUCGGAGGAGGAGCUGCUCGAGAUGGUGUCUCUGGAGGAGAAACGGGUAGAGGAGGUCCCUCAGCUGAUCUGUGGCCCUGGAGAACCAGAGCCCUCCCUCACCAUCACGGAGAGCCCGCCCCCUCCCUGCAUGGAGCCCGGGGUCGGAGGUAAGCGAGGGCAGGACACGCCCACAGAGCCUACAGCCCCCCCGGUGACGACCUCCUCCUUGACAGCGUCUCCUCCUGUGACCUCCGAUGCUGCUCCUUCGAAACCCAAGAAGCCUCGCGGCCUAGAGCUGCCCUCCUCCCCCUCCCUCCCCCACGGCCUCUCCCUGGAUAAGGUGAAUGCUGCUGUGAACAGUCUCCUGGCUCCUGGAUCAGCAACCAACAGCCUGACGCCCUCUGUCAUCACCUCCCAUGCCCUGACCCCUGUCCUCCUCACUCCUACUCCUCUCCCCUCCACCAUACACUUCUGGAGCACGCUGAGCCCUAUCGCUCCUCGCUCUCCAGCCAAACUGUCAUUUCAGUUUCCCACUAAUGGCAGUAAUCAGAUCCACAUCCCGGCUCUCAGUGUGGAUGGUCUCUCUACCCCUGUGGUUCUGUCCCCUGGCCCCCAGAAGCCCUGAGUCCCCUCCGAAGGUUCGGAGGACAACUGGAUAUCCAAUCCAACCAGGAACCAUGUUGUUGCUUUUGGGAGAUUCGAUUGGCGAAGGAGUAAAGAACUUCUUCCUCUGCUGUAGUGAGAACAACAGAUGUUUCUCUGGAACCCUGAACGCGUUGUGAAAAGUGGACCAGACAAAUUAUUUUCUUCUUCUGCGGAUGCUGAAACGGCCGUAAAGGGCGUUUCCACCAGUCGCUGGAUUAUUUAUUGGCGAGUUUCCUGGAAUUAUUCCUCUCCUGACCUUUGAACCCGAGCCUCGUUGAUGUGCAUGAGGAAACCUUUUUUUAUUUUGCUCUUUACCGUCUGUUUUAUAAGAAAAUGUUUAUUUAUAUCGGUUUCCCGGUUCCAGCUGUGGGUAUUUGAAUGAAAAUCCUCAUCGAGGCUCCGGAUUGGUCGCUACCCGGUGACUAAAGUUAUUUUGCUUCGCUCUCAUUGGCCAAUUUUUCAAGGCCCGCCUUUCUCUUCUUAUGCAUGUUUUGUUAUUGGACUGGAGUCCUCAGCGAUGUUUUUGAACAAAAGGAGGGAUAUGAUGACAGGUUGUAUAUUUUCUAAAAGAAGUUUUGACAAUUUGAAAGAGGUUUCAUUUUUAUUGAUGAAUGACUGCAGAUCUCUUUAAUUACCGAACAUCAGUCUGUCUUUCCACGUUGUUGCUGAACGCAUUAAACUCGUUUCAAUGUUC